ACAUGUAUAUAUUUCCUUUUAUGAUUUAAAUUCAUGAUCAGUAAUAAACAAUUUACCAACGUUUUCUAAAAGUUAAGACACUAGUUUUUGUCAGUGAAUUUGGCAGCCAAACUUAUAACGUGGUCAUGGUUUUGUUAGAAUAUAGAAUUUUAUAUUUUACCUAGCUUCCAUGUUUUUAUAGAUCAGUUUAGGUAAGGGAAGAAGAAACAAGAUAUUACAGCUUCACAAUUUUUUGUUAAUGGUUUUUUAAAAAAAAAAUUUUGGUAACCAAAUAUGUGUAUAGAUGCAAAGAACUAUUUUGAGGAAUAUCUACAAACGAGGGCAUAUCUCUCUUUGUCUACAACUUCUACAUAAUAUUUGUUAUGCCUUUAAAUUUUCACUGAGUUAAGAGACGACAUUUAAAUAACCCUCAUGCUGAACCAACAAGGAAGUUUUAGAUAGAGAGAAAUACUGGAGCUAACAAUUUAAAAGGGAUAUUCUAAAGGCACCACUCUUUUGUCAUGGACACUGCAUGCUGGAUAUUAUACUUUCUCAUAACUCUAACAGCUAUUUCUCAGUCAAAAGCUAUUACAUGGUUCGAAGCACAGACAAAAUGCAGGGAAAGGAAUCAGUCACUGACGCUGUGGAGAAAUAAAUCAACAAGUUUUUUCUGGACUGGGUAUUACAAAAAGAGAUCACACUGGAUCAAAAUUAUAGGUUGUUACAAUUCAUCAGGAAUACAAACUACUGAAAAUAAAGAAAUUAAUUUAUCGAAAUCGUCUCCACCUCUAUGCCAAGAACAUUGCCUCCAAAAAAAUUAUAGUUUGUUUGCUGUUCAGAACAAUAUUUGCAUUUGCCUACCCGAUAGUUUUGGUAGCUCAAGAAACCAAUUAGCUUCAUCAAAUUGCACGUAUACGUGUGACGGUGGUGGAUUAUUAUCAGCAGAAUGUGGAGGAAAAUCAGCAUUUAAUGUUUUUCUUACAGAUACAACAAAUUUGAAUGUAAGCAGCAGAUGCCUUUCCUUACAAUGUGGUUUAGAUUCAAAAUUUUUGAAUAAUGCUUGCAGAACUUCUCUUAUUCCAAUAUGCAGUUCAUUGGAAUUUUAUAAUACGACCCAUAAUAAUUGGAUGAAAAACAAGGAAUACUGUAAGAUCAAGGGGAAUUAUCCAAUAGGAAACCUUACACUAUCAAAUAUAACACUGGCUUGCACUGAGUCCAAUCACAACAAUACAAGUCCACGAUGGAUAGGUGUAGUUCACGAAGUAAACAAGACGGAAGACCAAGGUCAACUGAUCUCGAAAUCCGAUCAGGUAUUUGUAAAAAGAUGUUUUAAAUGCCGUUUGAAUGAGAGCAUUCUGAAACUUCAAUGUGAAUAUGACUUUUGCGAUGUCCACUUAACCAACACUAUUUAUUGUUCAAAGGACGAAUUAACAACACCGCAGCCAGAAAAUGUAGAUACAAGUUAUUUAGAAACUACCACAAGAUUUGUUUCGACUUCCGUGUAUGAAACAACAUCGGUCGUAUAUAUUGUUUCAGACAAAAUCGAAAGCAAAGGGGGUGCUAUCAUAAUAGUUCCUGUUGGUGUUGUCAUAUUGCUGCUGUCGGUAUUUAGUGUUGCAAUCGUGUUGUAUAUCAGAAGAAAGAAACAAUUGCAAGAAAAGAACGCAGUCGAAGGAAGAAGCCCCCACACCAAUGGAUCUAAAAAUUACUCAAACGUAGAAAAUUCAACCGAGAAGAAUUACUUUGUCCUUCAGAAAUCUAACCCCUCAUAUGAAUUGGCAGGCGAGUGCAUUGUUGGAUCUGAAAGUCCUUACAAUGAGACAGAGGAUGGUACGUACGACCAUCUUGGAAACAAAGACGCAAGAAAAGCACCAGCUGAAGAUAUAUAUAACCACACGUCCAGUGCUGAGUUAUCAGACCUGUCUGAGUAUGACGUAACAAAUCACAAACAUCUGAAUGAAGAAGACAGUACAUAUGAUCACGCAGGUGUUGGGGACAGUUCAUAUGGGCAUUUUGAUCUGCACCCAAUUAAGGAAACUGAUUACUCUAUGUUGUCGUGAUUAAAGAUACACUGAAUCAAAGCUCUUAUUGUUCACCCAGUAUAAUGUACACUAUAUGAGAUAGGCACAUUUAUUUGCCUUGCCGUUAGAAUGACUGAUUUCCACUUAACUUCUAAAUAGUGCAAAACGAUAAAUUGACCUUGGUCUCUAGUUGCGACCGAAGACAUUGAUCUUUGUUAAUUAUCACAAACUGGACCGGUCGAUUGGAUUCUCCAGUGCUUUUGGAUAGUUUUAAAUUGGCAAUGGAAAUGAUGUAACACUUAUCAAAGAGAAACCUUAUAUUUCAAAUUUUCCGACGGAUUGCUUAAUAUUUCAAAAGAAUGACGAGGACAAUAUUUGAAGUUUUGUGACUUUUCCUUUUUUUAAGGAAUACGUUUACUCAGGUGCAAAAAAAAUAAUAGGAACGAAAAGCUAGUUAUUGUUCAUUGUAGCCCUACUAUUGGGGUGCUAUUUUUCACUGUCAAAUAAUAUAACUAGGGAACUUUUUAUGCUAUUGACCUCUAAAUGUUUAUUGAAAAAAAUUGUCAAGAUUGUCCACCCUCUUCAAGUUUUUUUUUUUGUAAUUAUUAGAAAUAAUGAAACACAUUUUUGGUUGGAAAAUGAUAUGAUACGAUAAGCUUUACUAAUUUCAUAUUUCAAUGAAUCGUAUUAAGCUCAUAUUUGAAAUCUAAUUUAGUCCGAAUUCCUCUAUAAAUUUUAAAAAUUCUAACCAUUUUUGAUUGAGUAAUACAAAAUUGACUAAACGGAGCUACAAAUCAUUGAUUUUCUGUCAGUAUUUUGUUGACAUUAACAUUAUAUAAGUCAGUAAUCAAAUAAUGAUCAAAUGAUCAUGUCAAUAAAGAAUUUCCAAGUUCAUGGAGGUAAAGAACGUUCCUGUUCCCAUGAUUUUGAGGUAUUUAUUUUGUUACAUUAAGAUUGAUAUCAAUUGUUAAAAUGAGGAAUAUAUAUAUAUAUAUA